UCCGCGCCCCGACACGCUGCCGCGCGAGCGCGACGUCGUUCCGUCGUGAGGAGCAUUACGCCGUGUGCUCGUCCAAUAUAUACCAUACAUAGAGUUGUUGUGUGUUUUGUUGUUGCUGUGCAGUGCGCCCACUCCUCGCAAAAUUGGUGGGGAAAACCAAAAAAUCUCGAAACAUUUUUCAUUUCGCUGGAAAAAUCGAGAAAUACAUAUAUCGGUAAAAUAUAUUGAAUAAAUAUAUAUUUAAUAAAAAUAUCGUACGCCCGUGUAUAAACUACCGUUUGAUUUCUCGAUCGCAUCUCGAUUUCUCGUGUAUACCGACGACGACGACGACGGUGAUUUAUGUCGUUUUGAAAUUGUUACCAACGUGUGCGGCGCGCGCCCGUACUAUAAAAAAUAAAAAAAAAGAGAAAAAUUAUAAAUUACGCGCCAUCGGACUUUGACGAUCGCGCGUCCGGGUCGGCGAGAGGUGUGCGCGAUAUGAUUGAUUAAUUUUUCUCUCUUAUCGUCCCUACGACGCCGUCGUCGUUGUUGUACACCGUUGUUCGCCUUCUGGUUUACUUUUUUCUUUUUUCAACUCUUUCAUUAUACAUUGUGUGAUUAUUUACAACGUGCGAUGAUGGUCAUAAUAUGACGAUGAUUACGACGAUGAUGUAGCAAAAAAAAAAAGAAGUGCACAUGCACCGUCGUCGUUAAAAACAUAUGCGACUCGUAGCUGAGCUCUGCGUAAGGCUACUGCGGAUGCGAUAUGUGACGAUCGUCGUCGCGCGAAGGACGACAUCGAUACGCACGUAAAGGAGUCGACGCCGCGGCCUCUUCUCACUCCUACUCCGCGCUCGACUCUACUCUUCUGCAUCUUUUCUUCUACUCUACUCAACGAAACAACAACAACAACACCAGCAACAACAUUUCUAAUAUCACAGCACACCGAUCCAUAAACGAGUGGCGAGAAUCAUGACGUGCAAACCGCAAGUGACAACUCAUAGAUAAUUGUACAAAUGCUCAAGUGACUAACAACUGCAGUCAAAGUGUAGUAAAAAAUAUUUUUAUUAUCAUACCCGAAGCGAGCGAAAUGUCUUCGUUAAGAAAGCCUCAUCAUCGUCUCAAGAGCUGAGCGCGGAGCCCAGUUUAUACAAAUAAAGAACUGGUACCGGAGAAAUUAAAAAGCAAAAACAAACAAACACACACGUAUAUAGAAAAGUCCACCACGUCGACGCCGCGACUCCACCACAACGUUCGGCAAGGAUAAGGAGCUCGGCAGGGCGUGCUGUUGUCCGUCGGCGGAGGUGGCGGUGGCGGAGACGGCGCUGGGCUCGCUCACCAGCGCAGCAGGCGGCGGCUGCGACGGCGGCAGCGGCGUGACUUGGCGCGUGGCAGCGCUCCACCUACUGGCGGACGCUGUGCUACCCGCACUUUCACCAUCAGCUCCUCGGUUGCGGGGAGCGCAGGGGGCUGCGGCCCCGUUGUGGGCCUCCCCUCCUACAAGAAGCGACAAAUUCAUGUUGCAUACAAGCAACAGCGAGGGUCAUAAGAACCCUUUUAGACGCACUAUCGUGAAGAGACCAAGGCAUAACGAACCUGUACAAAAAACAAAUGGCAGCGGCGGACAAUGGGGCCGCGGCGGCAAGACGCGUGGUGGCCGGGGUCGCGGGGGCGGCGGUGGGGCAAACCUGCCGCCCGGCGCCGCCCCCGCGUCCAGCCAGUAUGCAGCGGGGCUACAGGGCGUCGGGCCCGGUCUCAGGGAGGUCGUCCACAUACUCGGCAAGCGAAAUCAGGCCGGCACACUCACUGGCAUCGGGCCGCCGCCCGGCACGGUCGAGGAGGUCGACGACGUCGAGGAGGUUAAGGGCCCGCCCAAGCCCCUCAUCAGGCGCAUCAUCAGCUACAUCAGAGAGGCCUGGACAGGCGUGAAAUUUGCCCUAGCCGACAUGAUGUGCGAUAUAGAUUCGGAGUACGAAGAGGAGCAGACGCCGCGUUAUCGGCCCGACUCGCUGAAGAGCCUCUGCCGGAACACGCGCUUCACCGAGGCCGAGAUGAAGCGCAUCUACCGCGGCUUCAAGGCCCAAUGCCCGACGGGCGUGGUGCGCGAGGAGACCUUCAAGAUCAUCUAUUCGCAGUUUUUUCCACAAGGAGCCAACACGAGCCAAUACGCACAUUAUGUCUUCAACACUCUGGAUCACGACAACAGCGGCAUUCUUAGCUUUGAGGACUUCGUGACGGGCCUGUCGAUCCUGUCGAGGGGCUCGCUCGAGGAGAAGCUGCGCUGGACCUUCUCGCUGUACGACAUCAACGGCGACGGCUGCAUAACGCGCGAGGAGAUGACCGACAUCGUCACCGCCGUCUACGAGCUCAUGGGCAAGUUCGCCGAUCCGAAUCUCAACCAGAAUCACGAGGGCGUCAGGCAGAGGGUCGAUCGAAUGUUUCAGAAAAUGGACGGCAACAAGGACGGGGUCGUGACGCUGUCGGAGUUCCUCGAGGCUUGCAACGCCGAUCCUCAGAUUACAGGCGGCAUUACCAAUCUCGAGACGUGCUUCUGACAAGCGAACGCGAUACGCUACUAUUUGCGCUGGACUUAGAGCACCGCAUGAUCUUUCUCACGAGCUCAUGAAAAAUGCAACUUGUCACACGGUUGCGCGCUGCAUGGGGGGCUGCGGUGUUCAGUGAGAAAAUAUCAUCAGUUUUGUAUUUUCAUUCUUUUUGUUUUUUUUUUCAGUCAGAAACGAAGAUGCGACGACAGGUGAGCAUCGAUUGUAAUUCAGCAGCGGCCGAAAGUCGCUCGAAGUUACGAUUGGGAAUUUUUCUAAUAAAACUAACAAAACAGGAUAAAAAAAGAGAGAAAUGUAUCGUACUUAUUUUAUUUUAUCGUUGAGUACUGUACUUAAAAAGUAAAAAUUUGUUAAUUAACUGCUUACGACGAGAAAGAUAUUAAGAAUGAAAUACAAAGUGAAAGGAGGUACGAAAAGUUGAUAGAAUCAGAAUAGUACAAGGAAAGAAAACAAUAAAUUUCAUGCGGGGUCUUCAAAGAUCUAAUGUACGAUUUUAAAAUUUACAAUAAAAAAAGUAUCACGCAUAGAAAAAAUAUAUAUAUUAUAUAGAAUAAAUAUAUAUUAUUGAUGGUUUUGGAAAUAGUAACAAUGUAAAUUAAAUAAAUAAAUAAAUAAAUAAAUAAAUAAAUAUAAAUAUGUUAACGAACCAGUAAGAAUGAAAAUUGAAGAAGGUGCCAAAAAAAUAUCUACAGACCCGUUGACCGUAAUCUACAUUGGUCGCAGUUAUAUUGAAUUGUUGAAAUGAAAUGAAAGUUAUAUAUGAUCGGAGAACAGAGAAAAAUAGUUGUUAUAAAAAUGGUUAUUACAAUGCUUGCAGAAUAUUUAAAUCGCGACAAAGCCUUUAUUUAUGACAUACAAUGAAAUUUCACGAGCGAGAACGAAGCAAGAUUUUUCGCAGGUAAUAUAAUUUGCAUUGAAUUGUAAAACAGCUAAUUUUAUCAAUUAAACUUUUGUUUGGAACUGUAAACCUUCAAAGGAUCAACUACCUUGAAGGUGGAUUUGUAAUUUGGAAAUUGGAUUGAAUAAUUAUUUACAAGACACGUAAAUGAAAUUUAGUUCAAUUUUUAAAAUUGGUUAUAAGAAUAAAGAAGUUUCGAAGAAAAAAGUUACAGCUUUGUGAAGAAAUAAAUAUAUUAUCUAAUAUAAAUAGCUAAUAGAACAGAUACAUGAAAAUAUUUACAUGGAUAAAGUGAAUUUAAACAUUAAUAUUAAAAGCAACAAUGGUAAACAUUAAAGCAGGGAAGGAUAGAUUUAAAAAAAAACUAAUAACGUGCAUUAUAAAGUAAAAAAAGAAGUAAAUUCUAUUUAUCGAGAAAAAUA